CCGUUGUUUGCUAUAGCUUGUGGUUUAACAAAAAUAAAAAGAAUUUUUAUAUAUUUUUCUACUAUCACCUUUUCAGCUUUCACUAGCCAAACUGAGUUUUUUCGGCAUCUUCAAUGCCGCUGUCUUGAAGAAAACCCUAAAGAUUCUUCUUUUGUCUUAAUUAAAACCAACAAAACCUAAUCUUUCUAUUGCUUCGAUUUUUAAGAUCUAAUUGAUCUGAUUCUAUAUUUUCUCAUCCCUAUAUCUGCCCUAAAUCUCUCAACACCCCCAGAUUCUUAAUCUGCUCUUUGAAAUUGAGUGUGUUAUCGUAGCUGAAUUUAAUUGAUUGACUGAAAUGACUGAUAACAAUUCACCACCUGGUUCACCCAAACAAAACCCAGCUCAGAAUUCUGAGACUAACUCAUUACCUAAAGAUGAUAGCUCUCUGGAAACCAUAGUUAGAAAGAUUCAGGAUUCCAUGUCCUUAGCAAAGAGACACAAGUUCUGGGAAACCCAACCUGUUGGUCAAUUUAAGGAUGUUGGGGACACCAGUUUACCCGAGGGACCGAUCGAGCCCCCCACUCCCUUGUCUGAAGUUAAACAGGAGCCUUAUAACCUUCCAAAUCCAUAUGAAUGGACAACCUGUGAUAUGGAUUCAGAAGAUACUUGUACCGAGGUGUAUAAUCUUUUGAAGAACAAUUAUGUUGAGGAUGAUGAGAAUAUGUUUAGGUUCAAUUAUUCCAAGGAGUUUCUUAGCUGGGCUUUGCGUCCUCCUGGUUAUUAUGAGAGCUGGCACAUUGGGGUUCGUGCUAAGGCUUCAAAGAAGCUUGUUGCUUUCAUUACUGGUGUCCCCGCAAGAAUAAGGGUGCGAGAUGAAGUUGUGAAGAUGGCCGAGAUCAAUUUCUUGUGUGUUCAUAAGAAGCUGAGAUCAAAAAGACUUGCACCCGUGAUGAUUAAGGAGGUUACUAGGAGAGUUCAUUUGGAGAAUAUUUGGCAGGCUGCUUACACUGCCGGAGUUGUUCUUCCAACACCAAUUACUACUUGCCAGUACUGGCAUCGGUCGCUGAACCCUAAGAAGCUUAUUGAUGUUGGGUUUUCUAGGCUUGGGCCUAGGAUGACAAUGAGUCGAACCAUCAAACUCUACAAGUUACCUGAUUCUCCAGCCACCCCUGGGUUCAGAAAGAUGGAGCUUCAUGAUGUCCCUGCUGUUACAAGGUUGCUUAGAAACUACUUGAGCCAGUUUGUCGUUUCUCCAGAUUUUGAUGAGAACGAUGUGGAGCACUGGCUGCUUCCUACCGAGGGCGUCGUGGAUAGUUACUUGGUUGAGAGCCCAGAGACGCAUGAUGUUACUGACUUCUGCAGCUUCUACACGCUUCCCUCGUCUAUUCUUGGCAACCAGAACUAUUCGAUUUUGAAGGCAGCCUACUCAUACUACAAUGUGUCCACUAAGACUCCAUUGCUUCAGCUGAUGAAUGAUGCUUUAAUCGUUGCUAAGCAGAAGGAUUUUGACGUUUUCAAUGCGCUUGAUGUCAUGCAUAAUGAGUCUUUCCUCAAAGAAUUGAAAUUUGGACCAGGUGAUGGGCAACUUCACUACUACCUCUAUAAUUAUAGGAUAGGAAAUGCUUUGAGACCAUCAGAACUUGGUCUUGUACUCUUAUAGUUCGACAUGUUCCAGCUUUGUUUGUGCAGUUUUGUUUCCUUAUUAGGUCUGGGUUGCAUCAUAUUAAUUGUUCCGCUGCCAUCCACAGCCAAGGAUUCGGUAUGCAGUGCAAGCAAGAGCAGCCUUUGUUGUGUUUCUGAGCUUGAAUUGCCUAGGCAAAUUACAAUAUUGCUGUUGACAAUGCACAUUGUUCAAUGGACAUCAAUAUGUUGAGCUUUUAAUUGUGGUUUAUUUCUUAGUUUGUCA